UUACCUUUUGACUUCCUUGCAGUAUAUUUACACACAUACUUUUCUGUACAGUUAGAAAAAUGGAAGCAAUCUAUAACAAUUCUUCUUUCAUACGUUCAUACCAGAAGCGCUCUCAUCUAACAGAUGAAAAAGAAGUCAGAUCUGCUAAAUGGAUUAAAGUUCUUCUGAUAGUUGUUGGUGUUUCUCUUGUUUUUGCUCUGGGUGUCAUCUGUGUUCUCAGUUUACUCUAUGCGGGUAAAUUCAGACUGUGUGACAUUCGGCAGCACAAUGAUACAAACCUACCAACAGAUCAAGUGCAGAAGUCUUGUAUAUCAGCCAAUGAGAUGGAGCUUUUAGGCAAAUACAACAAAGUUAAAGACUGUCUGUACUCUUGUACUGAGUUCAGUGCUUCAUCUUGUAAGCUUUGUGAAGAGGGCUGGACAUCAUACGGUGGAAAGUGUUAUUUCUUCUCUUCUGAAAAGAUGAAAUGGUUUAAGGCUCGUGAUUUAUGUGCUGCCUCAAAAGCUCAUCUGGUCACCAUCAACAGCAAAGCUGUACAAGAUUUCCUGGUGUCUAAAAUCAAAGAGACUCACUGGAUCGGUCUUAAUGAUGUGGACAUUGAGGGUCAAUGGGUUUGGCUGAAUAACCAAACUCUUAAUGAAACUGGGGGCGGGACUAUCAAUCAAAAGCUGUACAAUCUGUCCAGUUUCUGGACUGUCGUAUAUCACGGGAUUUAG